AUGCACGAAAGUUUCGGCUAUCAAUUCUUACCCCUUAAGUUUUUUAAAUUAAAGUUUGACCCCUUUCUUUCUGUACAAGCUUCGCCCUCCGGCUACCACAAAGACCACCUAAAACCCUGGACUGCACCACCGAUUCCGAAAUUGCAGACAGAAAUGGAGAUCGAUCCACAAUAUCCAGAACCUGAAGCAGACAAAACUGAAAUCAUUAACGACGACGAUCUCUUCAGAGCAGCAGACAACGGCGACGUUUCAUUUUUCAAAUCCCUCUCUCAGGCGCAGCUGCUCCGUUGUCUCGCUCUUCGUAACGAAGACGGACGAUCGCUACUUCAUGUCGCCGUUUCUUCAGCCCGCACCGAGGUGGUGAAGAUACUCGCAGCUUUUGAUCACUCAAUCAGUGGCAUUAACAGUGCUGAUGAAGAAGGUUGGGCACCACUUCAUUCUGCAGCAAGUAGUGGAAAUGUUGAGAUCGUCAAGAUUUUGCUUGACAGAGGAGCCGAUGUAAACUUGAAAAACAAUGGAGGUCGCACUGCUCUUCACUAUGCUGCCAGCAAGGGUUGGUUGAAAGUAGCUGAAAUUCUUCUUUCAAACGGCGCAAAGAUCAAUUCAAAAGACAAGGUAGGGUGCACACCGUUACACCGGGCUGCAAGUACAGGGAAGUCAGAGUUGUGUGAGCUUUUGAUUGAAGAAGGUGCAGAUAUUGAUGCUGUUGAUAGAGCAGGACAAACUCCUAUUAUGAGUGCAGUUAUAUGUUAUAACAAAGAGAUAGCUCUUUUACUCAUCAGACAUGGUGCAGAUGUUGAUGUUGAAGAUAAGGAAGGAUACACUGUCCUUGGUAGAGCAUCAAAUGAAUUUAGACCCAUACUCAUAGAUGCUGCAAAGGCCAUGCUUGAAGGAUGA